CAUAAAAGUGCGUGGGAAGUUAGGUGCCUGUAGCCCAAGGUCAUACAGCCCAAAGCUACUAUCCGGGCAAACUUCCUAAGAGCCCGUGUAGGGGUCUUUGCUGCCUCCCACUGUGGGACUCCAGCUGUGAUGAGAGGGGGGGUUUUCUUUACGAGGGAGGCUCAUGAACCUCAGAAUUGAUACCUCCUUGUGUGCCUGCACGUGGAGAGCGCGACUUUACGGGGCCUCCUCCCAGACUUAGGACAAGGGGGGAUUUUUGAUUUUACUUUUUGGCGGAGAGGAGCCCAACAGUGGAUCACCAGACAUGCUAAAGGCAGUGACCCGCAGUGGGAAAGCCUCCUGAGGGCCCCCAAGAGUGCAGUGGACCUGGUCCCGGUUCUGGGCUUGGCUUCCUCCCGCGUCUGUCCCGCAUGGGUUCUCGCCAGCCCUGCGUUCUUAAGCAUUCUCCCGGCGGGGUGGGACAGAGGUGUGGAAGGGCCCGGAAUCAGGAGGUAAGGGCAGGGGGUAUCCUUGUUUUGUGUUCCCUGAGGCCCCCAAGAUGUUUUGUUCACUUUCAUGUCCAGUGAACAAUCUGGAGGUUGCGGCCAGACCCGGGAGACUCUCGUAUCUUCCUCUCACCCCCCAGCACUUCAUCUCACCUGCCCUCCCACAAGGAGAAACCUGCCCUGAAUCGCUGCCCAACAACAGGCUUCGGGCACCUUCAGUCAGUGCAGACAAGAAGGGGCUUUCUGGGAAACAGAAUAAUUUCGAGCGCAAAGCUGUGUACCAGAGACAAGUCAGGGCACCCAGUUUGCUGGCCAAAAGCAUUUUAGAAGGCUAUCGCCCCAUUCCAGCGGACUCUUAUAUAGGAGGGACCUUCCCUCUACCUCCCCCAGUUAGUGACAGGAUGAGGAAAAGAAGAGCCUUUGCUGAUAAAGAGUUGGAGAACAUUAUGCUGGAGAGGGAAUAUAAAGAGAGGGAGAUGUUGGAAACUUCCCAAGCUGCUGCUGCCUUGUUUCUGCCCAACCGCAUGGUGCCUGGACCUGAAUAUAGCUCCUACAAAACUGCCUACAGCCCCAGCCCAGUGGAACCACCAAGUGAGGAUUUCUGCAAUUUUUUGCCUACCUGCCUUGAUCUAACCAUGCAGUAUUCGGGGUCUGGGAAUAUGGAACUAAUUUCUUCCAAUGUCAGUGUGGCCACGACUUACAGACAGUAUCCCUUGCCCUCAAGAUUUUUAGUUUGGCCCAAGUGUGGCCCCAUUAGUGACACCCUCCUCUACCAACAAUGCUUGCUAAAUGCCACCACCUCUGUACAAGCCCUGAAGCCUGGGGCCAGCUGGGACUUGAAGGGAGCACGAGUCCAGGAUGUACUCAGUGUAGAGCAUGACAUGAUGCCACCGAAAUUGGAAGGUUCCCUGAUGCUGCCUCACACUCCCGAGGUCCACGCCUCUAGAAGUGACCUUCAGGGUCAUCAGGCUGUCCCCGAGAGGUCUGCAUUCUCCCCACCCCGACGGAAUUUUUCUCCCAUUGUUGACACGGACUCCCUGGCAGCUCAAGGGCACGUCUUAACCAAGAUCAGCAAAGAAAACACCAAGCACCCUCUGCCACUUAAACAUAAUCCAUUCCACUCAUUAUUCCAGCAAACGCUUAACGAUGCAUCAGCUCCUGAGUUGAAAACACCAUUUGUCAAAGAUGCCUUUGAAGAGACCUCUAAGAAACACAGAGAGUGUUUAGUCAAAGAGAACCAGAAGUACACAUUUACAAUAGAUAGAUGUGCAAAAGACCUUUUCGUAGCCAAACAAGUUGGAACAAAACUCUCAGUGAGUGAGCCGCUGUCAUUUUCUGUUGAGUCUAUUCUUAAGAGGCCUUCGUCUGCCAUCACUCAUGUCUCUCAGUGAAACUGCUUAUACAGAAAACUGGAUUUUCUGCCAUCUUAGAGGGUUCUUGUCAUUCGCUAUUUUUUUAAAAAGUCAAGAUGUUUGUAUAAAGAAGUUUCUAAUGUAAAAAAUGAUGAUUUCUAAAAAUUCUAUAUAUUCAUAUGCAUGUACUUUUUCUUAUCACAUAAAUAUAUUUAAACUUAAAGAUGGAAAUUGCCUAAUGUGCAAAUUGUAAAGUUUCAUGCUUUACACAGCAUUUCAAAAAGCAAUAAAAUCGACACUGUCACCUAAAAGACCCA